GGAGAGAGAGGGAGAGAGAGAGAGAGAGAUAGAGAGAGAGAGAGAGAGGGAGGAAGGAAGCACAGGGAGAACACUCAGUCCAACACUCAGCAGCAUCAUGGCACCUAUCGGAUUAAAGGCGGUGGUCGGCGAAAAGAUUAUGAAUGAUGUAAUCAAGAAGGUGAAGAAGAAGGGAGAAUGGAAGGCGCUGAUCGUGGACCAGCUGAGCAUGAGGAUGUUGUCGUCCUGCUGCAAGAUGACAGACAUCAUGACAGAGGGCAUCACCAUCGUGGAGGACAUCAUGAAGCGACGAGAGCCUCUUCCAAGCCUGGAGGCCAUUUACCUGAUUACACCCACAGAGAAGUCGGUCCACACCCUCAUCGGAGACUUCAAAGACCCUCAUUCAGCAAAAUACAAGGCAGCCCAUGUUUUCUUCACUGACUCCUGCCCUGAUCCUCUCUUCAACGAGCUGACGAAGAGCCGCGCUUCCAAAACCAUCAAGACUCUGACGGAGAUCAACAUCGCCUUCUUGCCCUACGAGUCUCAGGUGUACUCUCUGGACAACCCAGACGCCUUCCACAGUUUCUACAGCCCCCAUAAGACCCAGCUGAAGAACUCGGUGAUGGAGAGGCUGGCAGAGCAGCUGGCCACGCUCUGUGCCACCCUGAAGGAGUACCCCGCUGUCAGAUACCGAGGCGAGUACAAGGACAACGCCACGCUGGCCCAGCUGGUUCAGGACAAACUGGACGCCUACAAGGCUGAUGACCCCACUAUGGGAGAGGGUCCAGACAAAGCUCGCUCACAGCUGAUCAUCCUGGACCGGGCGUUCGACCCCGUCUCUCCGGUCCUGCACGAGCUCACCUUCCAGGCCAUGGGCUACGACCUGCUGCCCAUCGAAAACGACGUCUACAAGUAUGAGACCAGCGGCAUCGGAGAUUCUCGUGAGAAGGAGGUCCUGCUGCAUGAAGACGAUGACCUGUGGGUGAGCCUGAGACACAAACACAUAGCCGAGGUUUCCCAGGAGGUGACCCGUCAGCUGAAGGACUUUUCUGCCAGCAAGCGGAUGAACACUGGGGAGAAGACCACGAUGAGGGAUCUGUCCCAGAUGCUGAAGAAGAUGCCUCAGUACCAAAAGGAGCUCAGCAAGUACUCCACUCAUCUGCAGCUGGCUGAGGACUGCAUGAAGCAUUACCAGGGAACCGUGGACAAGCUGUGCCGCGUGGAACAGGAUCUGGCGAUGGGCACGGACGCUGAGGGAGAGAAGAUCAAAGACCCCAUGAGGGCCAUCGUGCCCAUCCUGCUGGACGCCAACGUCACCACGUACGACAAGAUCCGCAUCAUCCUGCUCUACAUUUUCCUCAAGAACGGAAUUACGGAGGAGAACCUGAACAAGCUGAUCCAACACGCCCAGAUUCCCCCUGAGGACAGUGAGAUCAUCACCAACAUGGCUAACCUGGGCGUCCCCAUCGUCACAGACUCCACCCUGCGCCGAGGAAAGAAGCUGGACAGGAAGGAGCGUGUGAGCGAGCAGACCUAUCAGCUGUCCCGCUGGACACCACUGGUCAAGGACAUCAUGGAGGAUGCGAUUGAAGAUAAGCUGGACACCAAGCACUACCCCUACAUCUCCACCCGCUCCUCUGCCUCCUUCAGCACCACUGCAGUCAGCGCUCGGUACGGCCACUGGCACAAGAAUAAGACUCCCGGAGAGUAUCGCACGGGGCCACGUGUCAUGGUCUUCAUCAUCGGCGGCGCGUCCUUCAGCGAGAUGCGCUGCGCUUAUGAGGUCACACAGGCCAAUGGGAAGUGGGAGGCCGUCAUUGGAUCGACCCACAUCUUCACCCCCACCAGCCUGCUGGAGCAGCUCAAGGCCAUGAACAAACCAGAAGAGGAAGUUACAAGCUAAAAUCCUCCAAUCACAUCUCUCUCCUCUUUAACCCCUCCCCCUUCUACCCAUCCUACCUCUGUUUCCUGCCCCCUACAUGUGUAUGCAUCCUGCUUGAAAAGAAAAAGACACCUUAGAUGAUAAAAAAAUAUAUAUAUAGGAUGUAUCAGAGAAUAACAUUGUUGCAAGUAUUCCCACGUUUUACAAUGGAUGCAACUAAUUUAAAAAAAAGAUUUAAAUAUCUGAACAGACGGCCAUUUAAAACUGAAAGUACCAAAAUGUAAUAUUGUAUGCUAUGACAACUGUGCAAAAAGGUAGAUAUUUUCUCUUGUUUGUUCCUUUGGGUUUCCUCCUUGGUGCGAGUUUUAAUGGAAGCGGGUCGAGUAGGGAUGUGCAGUUUGAGAGGUUGAUCUUGUAAAAUAUAUCAUAUCGGUCAACAUGCAAUACAUAAAACUAUAUUCAUCAGAGAGGAGUUCCCCCUUGCCCGUUUGAGAUGUUCGUAUACAGUAGCAUGCUUGGACUUGUGUGGACUGUUAAUGUGUUUGUAUCCAUUGUGGACGUUCUGGAAGCCGCAGAGUUAGCACUCAGCUUUUCCCCCUAAGAUGUUGAGCUUGAAUACUUCACCGAAAAGCUUUGAGUAUGGAAACGGCUUUGAAACCUUUGAGGCCUGCUCAUUAGGUUAAACUAUGGCAAUGUAAAUCUAAUGCAUUACACUCAUUAAUGUCUACUGUGACAUAUUUAAAGGGGGUGCAUAGAAUAUUACAGUCAGUAUGCAAAAGCAGCAACAAAAGUUUUUCAGAUAAUUUAUUGGAAAAAGUUUUUUGUUUUAACUAAGAUGUAAUCUAAUGAGCAAGCCACGCCCGUUGACACACCCACCGCAACUAGAAAAGUGUGUCCGCUUGGGUGUCUCAUACUCAAAAGCAUACAUUUUUGUUGAAGUAUUCGUGUAAAAAAGAAAAAGAAAACCCGCUUGGUUGAGCAGACAUUGGACAGAGAAACCGCUCUGUAAAAAGCUAGAACCAUCCCUCCUCUGCCUGCCGAGACUGUAAAGUAUUUACUUCCACAACCUUUUCCUUUCUCCGGAAAAAACUUCACGUUUUAAUGUCGAAAUGCUUGCUGAUAUUUAAUGAAUAAUCUUAAAAAGGGCCAGUUGUAUUUCAGUAUUGUAUCCUGUCAGAUUAAGUCUUAUCAUUGGUUAGUAAUGAUGUUUAAUUGGGCCAUGCACUGAGUCGUGUUGUGUAUGUGCCAUAUGUUGCCGUUUUAGCAUCUCACUGUUGACUGGUAAUAUUUCUGGCUGUGACGUAGUGAAACUUUUCCUUUCCAAAAUGUCGAUGUGAAGCCGCCGUGUUUGUGACGUUUUAGAUGUAGCUGUUAGUGGUCAACUGGGAAAAUAACUAAUAUCUAUACUUUCUUUGCCCGUUUCCUCUGGUGCAACGUAAAACUCUGCAAUUGUGAAUAGCUUUGCAAGAAAUAACUUAAAUCCAACCUUAUUUUAUUUUAUUUCCUCCCUCCUUUCCUGGCCAAACAAGUUGUAAAUUGCACUAAUGCGUUUUCUGUGAUGCAAACGCUUGACUGUGUUCAUUUUUUUUAUUAUUAUUUGCUGUUGUAUAGAGUUUACUCUGUCAAAUCAAUUGAUUUAUAUCAAAAUUAUUUAUCAGAGGAAAAAAAUAAUAGUGAUGCAUUAGUCUGUCCUAAAACUGUUUAACUUAUUGGGAUUGUAUGUUUGCGAGUGUUGAAGCACAAACAAUACUUCCAUGUGUACUUAUAUGUACUAAGGCUGUCUAAUAAAUUGGCUUCCAUUACAUU